AUGUCAAAUAAUACACUAUCUGAUGGUGUAUUGCAUAAUGUUAAGUCAGAUAGCUUCUACGGAGUGUUGAAGACACGGAAUAUCAAGAGAGUGCAGUUGGGAGACUACGAGUUUGACACUUGGUACGGAAACGCAGCCUACUUCAUGCCUCUGAAUCACACCAUGCUAGGGUUUGAGUAUCGAAACUUACUAUUGAAAAAGAAUGAACUGUCUAUUAAAGGGUUAAGCAAGUCAUCAGGCUUAGAAGUAGCUGCCGAAGGAUUCUGGAUUGACACCUUAUAUGUAUGUGAAUAUUGCCUCAAGUAUAGCUCUGAGUCUUCUUCGAUGGAAAAACACAGAGUCGUAUGUCAGAUGAAAUCCCCGAAUCCGCAAAUUGGCAAGCUUCUCUAUAGAGACGAAAUUUCACCUUACUUAAUUAGGAAAAUAAGAGGUUUUGAAGGUAGGCGGUUUUGUCAGAACCUAUCACUCUUCAGUAAAUUGUUCUUGGAUGACAAGUCUGUGUACUAUGACGUUGACUAUUUUGACUUUUAUGUGAUCUACGGAAAGGAAGAACUUCGUGGCAGCAAGGAAUCCAAUAAUGACUAUUUCAAACCUAUGGGUUUUUUUUCAAAAGAGGUCCUUUCUUGGGACGUAGACAAUAACUUGGCUUGCAUUUGCGUGUUCCCACCUUACCAAAGAAGACAUUUAGGCUCUUUACUAAUAGAGUUCUCUUAUGUGCUCGCUCAAGAAGUAUCUAGACAAGCAAGAAGCGGUCCAGAGCUUCCUUUAUCGCCGUACGGCAAGGUUACAUACUUGAAGUUUUGGUCAAAAAAGCUUGCCUAUGUAAUAGCAUCCAAUUAUGGAAAAGGAGAUUCGUUUACCCUUGAUAAUUUGGCAGAUGAAACAGGAUUUAGGAAAGAAGAUCUCUUAAUGACACUAGAAUACAUGAAGUUAUUGAAAAGAGAUUCUGUAACGGGGGACGUGUUACUUCUUUUAGGAAAUUUAGAACAAUGGUGUAAGCAAAAUGGGGUAGAUUCGAACCAGGAUAAAGGUAUGCUUAAUCCCAAGUACCUAGUUCUUUGA